AUGGCCGCCCAAUACGUGCUGGCUGGCCUAGCAGCAGCGGGACUGGCCUUCUGGUAUGACUUCAAGAGCUGGCAAAGCUUUGGAACGGGUGGCACGCCUCCAACCUUGGAAGGCUACAUCAAGAUCCGUCGAUGGGGACUCUACUUGCUCUACACGCGCCAGAACUUGCUCGAUGCAUCUCCAAUUCCCGAUACGGGCGCGUCUUACAUCAAUCCUCAGAAGGUGCCGGACCGCGUUGGCAGUAGACCAGGACUUACACGUUGGACACUACCACAACGCCAGUUCCCCGAGGAGAUAACACCGGGCGCUUCCACGACUCUUCACGAUCUCAUGCGCGAGUUUGCGGAUACAAAGGCGUACUCGGAGUAUAUCGAUACGCGGCCAAGCAAGACGGAAGGCGGAACUGGACCUGCCAUCUACGUCAAACCAGACGUCAAGACCAUCAACCCCGUCGCGCACAAGAUAUUCUACGAGACGUCCAAGCCCCAUGCGUAG